CGCUCUCUCUCUGAAAACCUCUCCCUCCUUCCGUCUCUCUCUCUCUGAAAUCCCUUUUCAUCUCUGUCAUCGCCAUUGGAAGAAUGAUGCAGGGGUGCUGUAGACAAUGUAAACGAUCGUUCACGGCUAGGAUUGACCCUCACCUCGAAGGGUGUGGGGCAUCUUGAUCAGGCGAGGUAUCGGCUGCAGGUCAUCCGUUAGAUGCACUUAAAGAACUUGGAAAGUAUACAAAUAGCAUUUGUAAGCCCUUGAGAAAGCUUAAACGGUGUUCAGUAGUGGUCACAGACACGCUAAAAGCAUGAAUGAACUUGCCAUCAGUCAAUGCAACGGAGCUACGGUCUUGUGCAGAAGCAGUUGAGAUUGAUGCAAGUGCUAAUGGGGAGGUCCUGUCUUUGGUGCAUCUCAAAGGAUGGAUUUUUAGCAGCCAUUCUGAUGGACACAUUAAGGUGACAAGCUUUACAGUGGCUCUCUCGACAAAACAAUUUGAUGGUUUGGAUUGGAGCUAUUGGGCAUUUUUGGUCAUUAUGUUGGCAACAGGAAGGGAGUAUGAGACAAGAAACUACAGUUUUGAGUAAGCGAACCAAGCUAUGUCGGAACAGCUUGCAACGGUAGGUUUCUACUCAAGUCUUUCUUUGAUUUUUGACAUUCGACAUUCAUUUUUUGUGCUCUGUUAGAUUCUGGUAGUACUACUUUUCUUGCAGAGAAGUUUCUGCAAGCAUCACCCUAAGCCAGCCUAGAAAAAGUGCUAGGGUUUUCUGAGAUGGAUUUUGUAACAUCUGCCAAUUCCAAAUCCUGUGGAAAAAUGCUGCUCUGGAAAAUGUUCAUUGAGUGGAAAUUCAUUAUGUUGGUGACUGAUUAGCUUCUUAGUGUUGGAGUGGUAUCUAUGGUUUUUUCUUUUUUCCCUUCCUUUUCUACAAAGGAAAAAGAAGCCAGCACUGGAAAUGAAUAGAGCAGGUCCUGAGAAUUAUGGUGUCCCUGAUUUAAGUAGAGGCAAUUUUGUUCUCUUUUUUGCUAAAAGAAGGCCUAGAUUUUUAUUUUUAUUUUUUGUCUUUCUUUGCAAAGGCCUAGAAAUCUUAGCAUUAUGUUGUUAUUUGAUGAAAGAAGGCUUGGUAUUAGUUCCAUCUAUGUGAAUGGGGCUGUUGACCUCAGUUGCGCGCAAAGGAAGAGGAAGUUUAUUUGUGGGAGCUGGAAAGCAGCAAUCUUAAAAGUUCAGGAAAUUGAAUGCUUAAGAAGUGUGUACUUAGAAAUAAUUGUCCACCUUCCAGUAGAUUUACCUUUAAAGAUGUCCUUUACUUCGACGUAACUGAUUAUAAUCACUGAGUUAAUGUAAGAUGUAUGAAAAGUUGUUUCAACUGAAAAUCAUAUACUCUUGCUGCUCAUUGCGGUGAAGCUAUAUUUAGUUAAAACUUGUUCAAUAAAUCCAUUGAAACAAAGAACUAGAAAAGAAACAUGUCUAGAUUGACCCAAGCUCUCAAAAUAACCUCAUCUUUAUGUCUUGGAGUUCCACUUUGAUUCAAAAACC